GGAACCGGCGUUCGUGUCUGAAUUUGUUGUGUGCGUGUUCAUGUGGAGGCAGUGGGCGGGUUCACGACAGAUAGGGGGUGCCGCUUCCCUCUGUGACGUUUCUGAAUUUCCUGAGAAUCAAAACAACCGUUGGCCGCGGUAACGGCAGCUUCACCCCCCUCCAACCCCCUCACACACCACCGCAGUUUUGUCGGAAAUCCGUUUGAUGACUCUGACGGAGACCGCCGUUUAGCUUAGCUCGCAUAGUUUCGCUCAGGCCGGAGUUAAAGGCAGGAAUAGAAGCGGUGUGUGAAGAAGAGCAGGUGCAGGGAGGUAGGGGGACACACUGCCACAGCACCUGUCGCUGCUGUUGCUGCUGCUGCAGGUGAUGACGCCGCUGCUGGCCGGACGCUGUUGUAACGGCUGAGUCACUACUGGUGAAGAAGGAAGGUCUGGAGAGGGAACGUGAGAGGACGAGGAGGUGGAGGAGGAGGGGAAGACGAAGAAGAAGACGAAGAAGAGAGGAAGAUAAGCCACGACAGGAAGCAAAACGACACGCGCGCUCAGCCCUACACAGCGCUUGUUUCGCGUGCGUGCGCUUGUCUGCGUCUGAGAGGGAGCGAGAGCGAGAGAGAAAGGCUGGGCGAGUUAUAGAGGGUGAACGGGAAAGGAAGAAAGGGAGGGAGAGUGACGCGGAGGCUGGGAGAGCCGUUUCCCCCUCCCCUCCACCUCCUCCUCUCCUCUCCCUCGCUUUCUCCUCUCCUCUUCUCCUCCCCUCCCCUCCCUCUCUGGCUGUGUGGAGCAGGCGUGUAACGGCAUCAGACUCGGCGUGAAGGAACCAUGAGCGAUGUCACCAUCGUUAGAGAGGGAUGGCUCCAGAAAAGGGGUGAAUACAUAAAGAACUGGCGGCCACGUUACUUCCUGCUGAAGACAGACGGCUCCUUCAUCGGCUACAAAGAGAAACCUCAGGAUGCAGACCUCCCUUAUCCUCUAAAUAACUUUUCAGUAGCAAAAUGUCAGCUGAUGAAGACAGAGAGGCCGAAGCCAAACACCUUCAUCAUCCGCUGCCUUCAGUGGACCACUGUCAUUGAAAGGACCUUCCAUGUGGAUUCGCCUGAUGAACGAGAUGAGUGGACAGAGGCCAUCCAGAUGGUGGCAGACAAGCUGCAGAGACAAGAGGAGGAGAGGAUCCAGUGCAGCCCCACCUCCAACAUUGACAACAUGGUGGAGGAGGAAAUGGACAUCUCCACUACACACCACAAACGCAAGACAAUGAGUGACUUUGACUACCUGAAGCUGCUGGGGAAGGGAACGUUUGGUAAAGUCAUCCUUGUCCGGGAAAAGGCCAGCGGGAAGUAUUACGCCAUGAAAAUCCUUAAAAAAGAAGUCAUCAUAGCCAAGGAUGAAGUUGCUCACACACUCACAGAGAGCAGAGUACUGAAAAACACCAGGCAUCCUUUUCUCACCUCGCUGAAGUAUUCAUUCCAGACUAAAGACCGUCUCUGUUUUGUCAUGGAGUACGUGAAUGGAGGGGAGCUGUUUUUCCAUUUGUCCAGAGAGCGAGUGUUCUCCGAGGAGCGCACGCGCUUCUACGGCGCCGAGAUCGUCUCAGCUCUCAACUACCUGCAUUCAGCCAAGAUUGUGUACCGGGACCUCAAGUUGGAAAACCUGAUGCUGGAUAAAGAUGGUCAUAUAAAAAUCACAGAUUUUGGACUCUGCAAGGAGGGCAUCACUGAUGCUGCUACAAUGAAGACCUUCUGUGGAACUCCAGAGUACCUCGCUCCAGAGGUCCUGGAGGACAACGACUACGGCCGCGCCGUGGACUGGUGGGGGCUGGGCGUGGUGACGUACGAGAUGAUGUGCGGCCGGCUGCCGUUCUACAACCAGGACCACGAGAAGCUGUUCGAGCUCAUCCUCAUGGAGGACAUCAAGUUCCCACGCACGCUGUCGGCCGACGCCAAGUCGCUGCUGUCCGGCCUGCUCAUCAAAGACCCGAACAAAAGGCUCGGGGGCGGACCGGAAGACGCUAAGGAAAUAAUGAGGCACAGUUUCUUCUCUGGCGUCGACUGGCAGGAUGUUUACGACAAAAAGCUCGUCCCUCCCUUCAAGCCUCAGGUGACGUCGGAGACGGACACCAGGUACUUCGACGAGGAGUUCACAGUUCAGACCAUCACAAUCACUCCACCAGAGAAAUUCGAUGAGGAUGGAAUGGACUGUCUGGACAACGAGAGGCGACCGCACUUCCCGCAGUUCUCGUACUCGGCCAGCGGGCGAGAAUGAACUGUCCAUCACGGUGACAUUGUCACAGCUGGUCUCUGAGGCCGCCAGCGUGGGACACGAAGACCCCGCAGCUUCGGACCAACCCAGACUUGAAGGAUUUUUGCCCUUUUCUCCUCCAUUCCUUCUCUUCAGUCUGCUUCUUACUUACUUUAUUUAUUUGUUUCUCUCUCUCUCUCUCUCUUUUUUGUGAAUCUCUUCAGAGGUCAAAACCUCGAGGCAAAACUAGAGUUCACUCCUGCACUCUGAACUGCGACGCACGCGAUCUGUUGACUUUUUUUUUUUAACGACCCUUUAACGACGGGAGCUUCACCGGCCCCCUGCUGUGCUUUGACAUCUGUUUCUCUAAAACACGUAACGUAAAUAAAAGCCCAAACUCUUAAAAUAUUGGCCGGCGCAGUUUUCAGGUAGUGUUCGUGUCUGCGCGACACGCGCGUUCAGUUGUUGGAACCCAAACUGCCAUAGCGGGUCGUAACUCAGGCUUUCGCGAACACAAACUCGGCGAGACGUUUGCGUCUGGCGACACGUGGUCGGUUCGGUGAUUCCGGGUCGGACUGAGCAGCGUGGGGGUGGGGGCCACGCACUCCUUCCCUCGUGUCGUCAAGCAGGAUUUGACUCAGGUGCUGCUCAGUGCAAGUCAUGUUGUUGCUGCUAUUUCAACCACAACGACUACAGGUACCGCUCUUCUUCUACUGCUACUACUGACAUCCGGUGCUACGCCUCCAGCUGGCCGUUCAAGGCGACAGCUAAGCGCCCCAAACUAUGCUCGUCCAGCUGCUACCUUUUACUCUGCUGCUCUUAAAUGUCAUCGACUGAUGAUCACCAUGGGGCUUUUACUUUACUGGCAACUCAAAGCACAGCAGCCCAGGCAGAUGAAGCUCUGGUUAGCUUUACUACGUCACCAACAAUGCAGCGGAAAUGCAAGAAGAAGAAGAAGAAGAAGAAGUGAAAGUUCGAGAAAAUCAGCUGGUUUGAAUGUUUUUUUCCCCUCCCCAACCGAAAUGUUUUUUUGUUUCUUUCUCUUUUUGUUUUUAUUUUUUUUCUUUUCUUUGAAUUGACCUUAAAUCUCCAAAAAGGGAAAAGCUUAACUGAAACGGUACUUUCUCAGCUUUACUGUGACUCACGGUUAUCACGGCUUUGGGAUCCACACAGGCUGUGAAUCCAGAAUGUUAGACAUAGGAAAGGGACUGUUAUUAGAAGCGACGAGGUGGGGAGAAACAAAAAAUGCAAUAUGAAUAAUGAUUUAUAAUGUGAUCACUUAAGAUGUAAUGAGGUUAACAGCUUAGCUACUGUUUUCUGCAAGUUCAUUAAGGCGGUUUUUAAAACGACACGGUUUGUGAGGAAGUAAACAGAAGCGGAUGUGAGUUUACAAGAAUCACAGCACUUGCUAUAAUAUAUAUAUGUUCUAUUUAUUGCUCUACACAUUGGUUUUAUAUUUAACCUUUUCUAUUGUUAUUACAUGAUUAAAAAAGUAUAUUGUUGUUUCUUAAGAUUGAGAGAAAUAUUGCACCUCAAGAAACAAAAAUGGCUGAAGAAUGUCGGAGGGAAAGCAGAAAGCCUUCCUGCUCCAUUUCUUUGUUUUCAUUUUUUAUUUUAUUUUUUCAUUUUUAGGCUUUGUGUUCUGUGACCAAAAUGUGACGGCCGGAGGAGACGGCACACGCCGAAGACGGUUAAGACCUGAAUGUCCCCGACUCUUGAUGUUGGAUGUGUGUUUGGUGACGGCCCGAAGGGGGGUGGAGGGGGGUAUUGAGAGAGAAAGCGGAAGUGGAUCAAAGGGAGAACGAGGAAGGGUGAUGUCUAAGUGUGUCAAGAAAAGAGACGAAAGAAUUCAGUCGGUGUUUUAGUCUGUAAGGUGGAGAUUCACUGAGAAGUCGGCGUAUGACUGAAAACGGGGGGGUUUCAGAUUCUGUCCAGUCAGUGAAUGCACCGUACCCAAACACUAGCAGGACUUGUUGACAGUAACACUCGUCCUGUGGAAGUUGUUACAGAAAGAAGACUCAUAACUGGCUGUUUUCAGGACAGGAGAGACAUUUCGAGGAAAUCAGAGGAAGUGUGUGAGACGUUUUCAGCUAUGUGAAUGAAACAGGAGGUUCUCUGGCGGUUCAGUCCUGUUGCUAAUGACUUUAAAAGUCUGAAAACAUCCAGGAUGUGAAUAUUCAUUCACAGUGAUUAGAAGUAGGGUAGGUUUCCAACAUUCACUUCUGUUUGUUGAUGAUCUGGUAAAGGAAUUCAGAUGUUAUUACACUGUAACAGCAGAAACUCAAUAGCCCAGCAUAUGUCACAUUUGAACCUACAUAUUGUGGUUCUGAAACCAGUCCAUUGUGAUUUGUUUUGGAGUUCAAUAUUAUGUCAUUCGUUACUUGCUCCUUUGUGUUGGGACAAGUGUAAAUUAAAUUAGGAGUGUCUUAUAAGUGUCGACUCUUUAAAAUGAAAAGAGUCAUCUUCCUCUCAGGAGCAGAUUGCUGUUUUAUAAAUGCUAACUGGGCAAAUUAGCAUUAGCAAACAACAGUAAGACUGGGAACAAAUAUUUCAAACCCUGCCGAAGAUAAAUCGUUUUGUCCGAAUCUGACAUGGGCCACGAACCUCUACCUGAAAUGCCGAUGACGAGCCGACCUCUGACCCCUGCCGUCUUGGGCCCGUGCCGUCUCCUCCGGUCUGGACUCUUUGUAUUUGCAAUUGUUGCGCCGUCAUGUCCUCCAGACCGACAAAAGGUCUUAGAAAUUCCCCACGAUUUCUCUGUCUCCAAACGCUGUUGGGGAAGCCUGGUGGUUUCACAAGGUCAAAAACCUCGGAGUCUAAAAGAGAGAGGAAAGAAAAAAUAAUCAAAGACAACCUGUUGUGUUUUUAGCAUCUGGUUUACACACUGAGGGCAUCAGGGGAGUUGCUCUGAGGCAGAGAAAACAUUAUUCCAGUAUAUUUAUUAUUUGAAUGUCUUUGGAUAACUUGAGUUUGUUUUCUAUUUAAUUUAUUUGUUGUCUUUUUUUUUUUUUGUUUAUUUUGUUUUGGGCCUUUAGCAGUAAGGUGAGGUUGUAGUCAGUUUUCAAUUUUUUAUUUUUUUGGUUCUAAAAAUAAAUGUUUUUUUUUUUUUCUUUGUUUAAAGGUACGUCUUACACACAACCUCUUACCUGUUUUUUCUGCUGCUCUUAAGUCCAUAUGCUUUACUGUUGCACUACCAUUGAACUGCAAAUAGCUAGCAAACCCGCUUUAUGGCAGAAAGUUCAAAAAGGAAAAGAAGCAAAAAAGAAAAUAAAAAAUAACGGCGCUGGCCUGCAUGCUGUAGUUCUCCGUCCGUCCGUCAGCCUCGAGUCAAAACGGCGCUCUGAACUCCGAUGAAAAAUACUCGUGUGAUCGAUGCGGCCUGUUCUGGUAGCCGGGGAAAGUCCAAAUCCCAACCCAGCUGGCAGCCCUGACAGGCUCAAGGAAGCGCGCUCAAGUAUUUGGAAGGAUUUCAGCUUUGACUUGACUCAGGUCGGCGAGCAGCUGAGGAGUUCUAGCUGCGUGCGAACGCACGUCAACGCCAAAAAAACCGUUACGAGAUAAAACCCACCACCACCAGAGUUCAUGAAGUACGGCUCUGUAGCUUUGAACACAGCACUUUUCGCAUCCCAUCACUUUUGAUACGAUUCAGAGGAAUUUGAUUCAGCCCUGCUUUAAAGCAAGAUUUUUAGCUUUUUUUUAUGUUUUUAAAGAAAAAGAAGAAAAAGAAAAAACGACGAUUUUUAACUAAUAAACCAAUCUCCAGAUACAACCAUUUGGCUAGGAUUUGACAGACGUGGCUGAGGCGUGCAGCAGUCGGCCCGCGGUGGGACGGUUUAGAAACCCAAACGUUGAUCGUUAAUUGCACUGAAAAGUUUUUCUUCCUGUGAGCCUCCAGCUCUCCGUUUGGGUGGAUUCUGGGGUCAGGCGUGAAGAACUUGACUUGAGGUGAUGAAGAGUACUGAUCGAUACUAAUCAGUGUGGGUGGGGGGCAGACGUCUCACAAAGCCAGUUUCUUCUUCCUCACGGCUUUACAUGACCCCUCACCACCAUCACACCAUCCAACCAAACGGCGUGUGAAAUCCGGGACGCCGCCAUGCCGGCUCUCCGUCCUAAAGCCGCUGCCGUUUGUACCUCCCAGCGCCCAGCGACUUCAGGCGCGUCUCGGCUGCUCCGCAUUCGUCUCGUUCCGUUGACAUCGGCCAAAAUUCGCCCGAUGCUCGCCGCGCCGCUACCAAACAGGAAGCGGGCUCGCGUUUGAAACACUGAACCGAAGAGAGGAGACUUCCUUUCUGCAGCAGAUUCCUUCUCCCCCUGCCCCUCCCGGUUUACCUCCGUCAACCUGAGUAUUAACAGCAUGAGAGUCAUUUAUUGAGUUUAGAAGCAGCAAACAUGUAUAAAUACUAAAGCGCCAUGUCCAUUACACACUGUAGCUGAACAGUAGUGAGAGGGAAGGCCGCGUUUCCAACACAGGAAAUGACAGCAGAGCGGAUCAAGCAGCCUUUCUGUCCUACAUGCCGUCAGGUUGCCGAGGUUUGGGCCAGAGAGGCCACAAGGAUGUGAGAACAACACAUUACCAUCAACAUGGAGCUGUUUUUUAUUAUUAUUAUUCUGUACAUCCUUAGUAUUUUUACACAUAAGAUGUAUCAGAUAGGGAUGCACAUUAUUUUCCUUCUUACAGACGGCUUCAAUAAAGCACUAUGUCAAUCUGCUGA